UCUCAUGCAGGAGGGCUGCCUGUGAUCUUAUUCUCCUGUGGUCACAUAGUCCAUUCUGCUUUUAUGAUCUGGUUCAAAUAGAUGAAGAUUCUCCUCUUCUAAAGAUUUAAUUCCAUUGAUUUUCCCCUCCCUGCCUCCUGCUUCACGACCUCCAGCCUGAGGUUAUUUUAUGAGUAAUUCCCGAUUCCGCGCUGCUCAGACCAGCCCAGACCAGCCCAGUUAAGCUUCGCCCAACUCAGCCCAGCCCAACAGUACUCUCUCCAAUUCUUUUAAGGACUUUUGGGAAAGGGCAGAAAUCCUUUAUUCCACUUUCUCAUUUCUGUGUCUCCUGCAAGACCUCCAUGAGAAGUCUUGGUUGCUGUCCAAACUUCAGCCUUCCUGGAGAUUUAUCCCAGUCCCUAGGCUGGAAAGCAUUGCAAUGGGAACAAGUUUUUCCAUGUAAUAGGCAGGACCCGCAAAUUCCACAUUAAUAUCAGCCAGUCCAAACUAAUUUGGACACAGACAAAAACUCAUGAUCCUCAGGCCCUUUCCUAGCCAGUCUCUACCAGAGAAGACCCACAAGUACAGACCACUCCUUAAGGCGCCUAAUGUGGCCACACCUAUACCUUAGGGACUGUGACCCUUUCUUUCUUUUUUUUUUUUCUGUCGGAGGAUAUUCUGAAGGGUGAGGGUGGGGCCUUCUCUUUUAAUCCCAGCCCCACCUGCUCUGGUCAGACAGGUUUGGAGCUGCAGGUAAAGGGAGGGAGACACGAAGAAAUACCUGCAGAGCCAGUGGGGAGCUGGAGCAGCUCUUUUCCCGGAUGGGCCCUGGGAUCUCCCUUCUAUCUCUCUAGAUGGCAAGGUGACGGCAGUCCAGUAUUAUACCCCAGAAUCCAGGCAUUUAGGCCCAUCCUUGCCCCAGCAUGACAGAACCUGAGACACUGGCUCUGCUGGAGGUAAAGAGGCAAGAUGUCCUUGAGAAGAAUUUGCCCCAGCCCCUCAUCCCUAAUGGACUCAGACCAGAGGGGGAAGAUGGGGAAGAGCUUGCCCCUUGUGAGAAUGAGAUGGGGAAGGUUGGCAGUGAAGCUACUACUUUGCCCUGGGUGAGGACAUCGUUAGAUACUAGCCCCCAGCCCAGCGCCCCUUUCCCAGACUCCCCUGGUUGGCAGGGAUGUGAUAAAGAACCCAUUCUGGCUGAGCUGCCCCUAAAAUCCGAGGAGCCGGUUGAGGAAGACAUUAACCUGAUGCCUGAGCAGGCAGCCCGAGCAUUUGUGCCAAUUGACCCUCAAUGCAUUGAGAGGAGACCCCAAGAAGAGCUCAUUGUCCACUGUGACACAAAGGUUGAGGGGGAAUGCCAGGCCUUUCUGUUGCCUCGGGCUGUCCGAUCGGACCACCCCGAACAGAAGUGGGCAGAGGCAGCAGUCAUGCCACCUGCCCGCUGUGGGAGUUGUGGAGGCUGUGGCCGUGAGGGGUUGAGGGCCGUGGCCUCUUUUGGGGCUGCUCUUAUCAUCUUCCCCUGCCUGUUAUACGGAGCUUAUGCCUUCCUGCCUUUUGAUGCCCCCCGGCUGCCCACCAUGAGUUCCCGACUUGUCUACACGCUCCGCUGUGGGGUCUUUGCUACCUUUCCCAUAAUUCUAGGACUUCUGGUAUAUGGUCUCUCCCUGCUGUGCUUCUCUGCACUCCAUCCCUUUGGGGAACAACAGAGAGAAGUAGAAAUUCACAGGCGAUAUGUGGCUCAGUCUGUCCAGCUCUUCAUCCUCUAUUUCUUCAACCUGGCUGUACUUGCCACCUACCUGCCCCAGGAUACCCUCAAGCUGCUACCCUUGCUUACUGGCCUCUUCGCCAUCUCCCGGCUGGUGUACUGGUUGACUUUUGCAGUGGGCCGGUCCUUCCGAGGCUUUGGCUAUGGACUGACGUUCCUGCCGCUGCUCUCGAUGCUGGUGUGGAAUCUUUACUACAUGUUCCUGGUGGAGCCGGAGCGCAUGUUCACUGCCACAGACAGCCGACUUGACUAUCCAGACCACGCACGAGCUGCCGACUACAAGCCACGCCUCUGGGGGUGACACCUGCUUCUGCCUGUUGCUGAUGUUCUCCCAUUUCCCCCCAAACCCCAGGGAACUGAGAUGAUCCAGAACUCUUUACUGAAUGGACUUUGGAUAUACCAUCUCUGCCCUUCUGACUUCCCAGAUUGUGACCCUUGCACUAGUUGCUUUUGAACCUCACCAAUCCUUGACUCUGAUGUUGGGGUGGGUGAUGGGAGGAGAGGGCAGGGAACAUACGUAGCAGAGGUUUUACACUGCCUUAGGCAACUUCAUCCUAAAGCCUCUUGAGGCCUAUUACUGCCUUGAUUCUUCUGUAGCACUACUGGGAGGAAUUCUUGCCUCCUAGAGAGGAGAGAAUAGAAUUAGGGGAAAGCAAGAUCCCUGUCUUUAUUAGGUCUUAAUUGACUUAAAAGAAAACCUGUGGAAUAACUUAAUAAAUCAUUUUGAAACAAGA